UAAUAAGAUCUAACGAAUAUAGAAUCGACUGAGACAGGGAAAAAAAAAGUGUUGUCGGCUGCAUUAUUGAACGGAAAAAAAUUGCAAUAAGCCGGCAGAGACAAGGGCGGCACUGUACGACGGGAAUCAGUGCAUCCAGUGUCCAGACAGGACAGCCAGCGCACUGACAAGACUAGAGCUGUAAGCCCACCUGCCAAAAUCACACGCCACUCUUAGAGACGGACAAGUUCAUCGCCAGAGACGGACGGACAGAAGCACGCGCACUUCCAUCACAAACAACAUCUUCCCUGAAGUUGGCUUGGAUCAAUUGCCGCCAUGAAGAAGGUCGUGGUGAAGCUGGACGUGCAGGACGACAAGCAGAAGCAGAGGGCGCUCAAGGCCGUCUCCGCUCUCCACGGCAUCGACCAGAUGGAAAUGAGCAUGCAGGACCAGAAGAUGACGAUCGUGGGCACGGCCGACCCCGUCGCCGUCGUCGGCAAGCUGCGCAAGCACUUCCCCACGGCGCAGAUCGUUUCAGUCGGCCCGGCCAAAGAUGAGAAGAAGGAUGGCGAUAAGAUCGUUUCCGUCAGCCCGGCCAAAGAUGAGAAGAAGGACGGCGACAAGAUCAUCUCCGUCGGCCCAGCCAAGGAUGACAAGAAGAAGGACGCCAAGCAGCACCCGGUGUACCCGCCGCCGCCGGACCCGCACCCUUGGCGCUCCGUCCACAGCGCCGAUAAGGAUAAUGUUGCAUUCUUGGCGCUCUCGGUGAAGAAGAAUCCUGGGGGUGGCGGAUCCACUCUGCCGGCGAUGGCGGAUGCUGGUUCUUCCUCUUCUUCUCUAGAUGUCAUUUAUCAUCCUGCUUCUCUUGAGGCAGCGAUGCAGGCUCCUGUUACUGUCAUGCUGGGACCCGUGGGCCCCCUCCUGCUGAAACUCCAUGGGCGCACGGCUCCCGGUCCAAUACAGUCUCUGCCUCCAAAUCUGCUCAGUGCGUAUGAGAUCCGUCUUCUCAAGGAAUUAUGCAUCUCCCUGAAGCAAAUGUCGGAAGAUGAGGACGCUAGCAUCAUGGUCCGGUGGUGGAUGAAGAUAGUUCGGGAACUUUGUUAUGACGCGGAUGAUCACCUGGACGAGGUGAUUGACAGCGACGCCGGCGGCGGCGGCCCUCAUCACGAUCUCGCUCGUGCCAAGGACGAAUUUUCAGGAUUACUUGCUCGAGCAAAGGAUGCGGCUGAAAGACGGAAAUGUUUCGAGUGGUCACCUCCCAAGGCUAUCAAACCAGCUGACCUUGGGGAAGCCGGUGUGAGCUGCCUCACCGGCCGUACCAAAGCUGGUGUUGUGGAGCUCCCAAAGAAGCUCGUCGAGUUGCUGGCUUUAGACGACGAUGACGCCGACAAUCAGACACUCAGGGUGAUACCUAUAAAUGGAUGUGCAGGUGUUGGAAAGACAACAGCUGCCAGAGCCUUGUAUCACAGGCAUGGAUGGAAAUUUCAGUGCCGGGCUUUCGUAACUGUGCCCCGGAAUCCAGAUAUGAGGGGGUUUCUCACCAGCAUGCUCUCACAACUCAAGGCACCAAGGCCCCAUGGCUUUCCUGAUAUACCGGAGCUUAUUGAAGGUAUCAGCAAACAUCUCCAAGGCAAAAGGUACUUCAUCAUAGUUGAUGAUUUAUGGACUGCAUCAGUAUGGAAUAUUAUUAGCCGUGCUUUUCCACGUGGUCAUUAUUGCAGCAGAAUAAUAACCACCACAGAAAUUGAUGAUGUAGCAUUGGCAUGCUGCAGUUAUGACUCAGACCAUAUAUAUAAGAUGGAACCUCUUAAUGAUCAUGACUCUAGAAAGUUAUUCUUCAGUAGAGCGUUUGGUUCUGAAGAGGGUUGUCCAACAGAUAUCAAAGAAGUUUCAUAUGAGAUUAUAAGUAAAUGUGGUGGUUUACCAUUAGCAAUUGUAAGUAUUGCUAGUCUGUUAGCAAGCGAAUCUAUUGUCGCAAGGGGAAAAUGGAAGCACAUACAAGAUUCUUUGCCCUCCACUUUUGUAGGGUUGAAAGAUGUUCUAAACCUUCUGUACAAUGAUCUUCCUCCUCAUUUGAGGACAUGCUUGCUAUAUCUCAGCAUGUAUGCACAGGGCCGCGUGAUCAAGAAGGAUGAGUUGGUGAAGCAGUGGGUAGUUGAAGGUUUUCUCAGUGAUGUGGGAGGGCGAGACACAGAAGAAAUUGCUGAGGAUUAUUUUGAUGAGCUUGUCAGCAGAGGGGUAGUCCAUGCUGUGGACACCGGUUAUAAUGGCAAGGUGUUGUCAUGUUCAGUUCACCACAUUGUACUUGAUUUUAUUAGGCAAAAAUCCAGGGAGCAAAAUUUCGUCAUCACUGUGGACUAUUUCCAAUCAACUCUCGCACUUCCUGAAAAAGUUCGCCGAUUGUCCGUCCAGUUUGGAGGGGUAAGAAGUGCGUAUAUACCAGAAAGCAUCAUAACAUCCCAAAUUAGAUCACUUGUAUUUGGGGGUUUCAUCAAGUGUGUACCUUCCAUCAUGGAUUGUGGACUUCUUCGAGUUCUGAUUCUUCAUAUUUGGGCUGAUCAAAGCAAGAAGAGUUUUGACCUCACAAGAAUCCGGGAGUUGUUUCGACUGAAGUAUAUCAAGAUUGAAUGUAAUAUCACCGUCAAACUUCCAAACAAUAUUCAAGGGCUGCAACACUUGGAGACACUGCAAGUUGAUGCAAGAUUAUCUGCUGUUCCAUCAGAUAUUGUUCGUCUGCCGCGUCUAUUGUACCUUGGUCUUCCUAGUGAGGCUGAUCUGCCCAGUGAUAUUAGGCGCUUGACAUCUCUUCGCACUCUGGGGUAUUUUGAUCUCAGCAGUAACCCAGCUGACAAUGUGAUGGACCUUGGCGAUCUUACCAAUCUUUGGGAUCUUCAUCUCACUUGUGCCAAGUUACAUACUGAUCGUCUGGAGAACAACAUUAAAUGGCUGGGCUUGAUUCUCGGGAAAAUUAUCAGCCUAAAAUGUUUAACUCUGGCACCUGCAGCCUCGUCUCUGGAUGACACUAGUACUUCAAGCAUGGGAAUUUGUUUUGAUGGCUUUAUCAUUACCUACCCUCCUCCGACUCUUCAGAGACUCGAGUUGUCGCGGCAAUGUUGCAUCUUCUCCACACUGCCCGAGUGGACUGGAGAUCUUGUCAACCUUCGUAUUUUAAAGAUUGCAGUUGGGGGGCUGACGGUGGAUGAUAUACAUGUCUUGAAAGGACUACCUUCUCUCUCUGCUCUCACUCUGUAUAUCCAGAGUGCUCCUGCAGACAGGAUCAUCAUCGACAGGGGAGGAUUCCAACUACUCACGUACUUCAAGUUCAUGGAUGCUGCACCAUGCCUGUCCUUUGUGCCAGGAGCAAUGCCCAAAGUCCAAAAGCUGAAGUUAGGCUUUAAUUCAAACAAGAUGGAGCCAAAUACCUUUGAAAUUGUUGGCUUCUGUCACUUGACAGACCUUACAGAUAUCUGCGUAAAACUUGGGGCACGGAAUGCUGAAAAAUUCGAUAUAAAAGCUGCCGAGUCUGCAUUGGAGGCGGCCGUUAGGAAUCCCCCAAACACUCCUACAAUCAGUGUACAAUGUGUUGAUGCGAUUUUUUGCACCGAGGAGGAUAAGAGAACCAACACUUAAAAAUAGAGGAAAAGCGUCAGGAGAUUAAAUAAGGCAAGAAGUAGAUCAUGGAACGUUUGGAGGAACAUGUGAAGAAGCAAGAUAAGAGCAGGCGUGGGUUUUCUUCCAAGACUAAAGAUGUCAUUUGUGUAAUCUUCUUUCUCUUUUUUUUUUGACGAAAUGCUGACGGAUUAUAACCAAUUUCCUAGCUCAAGGGAAAACGUUCAGUGUGUAUGUACUACCUUCUUGUUUGAAGGUGAAACCAGGCCAGGGCUAGUAGCAAGGCAGGUUCCAGUA